UUACCAUUAUGGUCGAAGAAGUUACUGAUAUACCUUGCUACCAAAUAUUAUUCCGAGUAGUCCUCCUUACUGAAUUCUUUUUGGUACUAAUGUGAAUUGCUGAAUUCAUUUGCUUAAUGAUAUACUACUCAGAAGAAUCCACCAUUGUAGCACUCAACUGAUUCACAUUUUUCCUGCUGAUUUGAAGAAUUUUUCUCAUGUUUCUGGCCUACCUUAAAUCAAGAUUCAGGUUAUCGACCUUGGUUACAAAAUCGAUCCUUACUCUCUGAAUUAUCUUUAUUAGCUCUUUCAAAACCCUAGCUAUUGCCGAUAUUAAUGAAGAUUCAGGAGUAAGACUAUUGCUUGCAAGCACUAUAAUCACGAAUUUAUGUUCCCUUCUGCUAGAAGUAGGCUCAUAUGGAGCAGUGUCUCUGAAGAUCAGAUACUUAAUGAAAGUACCAUCAAAGAAGGAUUCAACUGUCAAAACUAAGGAGAACAGCAAAGCCCACAUCAAUUACAGGCAGCUCGCAGCCUCUGUUAGUUCUAAUGAAAAGAAGAAGUUAAAGGAAAUGGAAAUAAAAUAAAAUACUUUACAUCAUCAAAGAGAGCAACAACAUAGAGUAUUACGAUGGCACAAAAUCAAGCAGGCUUAUUACUUCUAGUCAUAAUGACCACAUGGAAGACAUCAUUAACGAAAUAAUAAAGGAAGAGCAGAAGACUACAAGCAAUAUAUUCUCAGAUCCUGAAAGUAUACGAUCUUGAGGAAGUUUAUCCAGCUUCAAGAACAAGCAUAUAUAACAGAUGCUUCCUAUUCAAAUGGAAGUCCUCAGUUUGGAGGUCGAAGUACAGGAAGAGAUCAUAAUGAUAGUUCAAAACCCCUAAGCUCAUUAGGAAGAAUUCCUAAAGAAGAGCUACAAGGAGCUUAUAUAAAUUGCCUUCCUCGAACCAAUAUUUUUGGAAAGAAGCCUAAAUCAGGUUUCAGCUUUAUGGGAUCAGAAGUAUCAUCUCAAACUUCUGAAUCAAAUAUCCAAAGUGGAUUUACUUCCUCUGCCAAAAAUAUCAGCACUGAAUCUAGGGUAACUCCUCAGUUUACUGCGAUCAAAACUAUUAUUGGCAAUAAAUCAAGCAUGAAAAGCUUGCCUAGCUUAAGUCCUUUCAAAAACACUCUUACUCAAAAGGCUCAAAUGGUUAAAGAGCAAAAAGGGAGCAUUGCGAGUAGCAACGAUACUAAAAGUAAAGGUGAUAAACGAAAUUCUGUCAAGCUCAAAAGGCCUCAUAUUAGCAUCUCUUCAAUUUACACCUUAAACUCAGACGAUGAAAAUGAAUCAAACAAUAUGAUUAUCAGUCACGUUACUCCAGAGGGACAAAAGUCUCAGGUCGUUAAAUCUCUAAGCAUGAUAAACGAUCUUUCUAGUAGUGAGAAGCCAGGAGCAAAGAUCACAUCAAGUGAAUCUAUCAAGCUUGAUCUCAAACCAAAGCAGCAGCAAAUGUAUACUGGCUAAGCCUAUUAUAACAGCAUAUAAAAUGAAUCUAACUUCAUU